AGGAGAGUUUGAGGAGAGAAAACAGAGAUAUUAUGCUGCAACGUGGAGAGGCGCAGGCACUGGGUGUUGUGGAGCUGAUGGUUAUGCCAAGCAUCGGGAGGUCAUUAGGAGACAUGCUGCCGCUGCAGUUGAUGCUAUAAUAGAAGUCAGGCGUUUGUUCUAUGAGAAAAGCUUGUUUUUUUGUUGUUGUAUUGAACUGGAUACCGAAGAGAGCGCGAGCAACAAGUGGGACCUGGUGUGGAGAGGCUGAUUUCUCACCAUCACCAGUUGUUAUGGAAGAGCACAAGGAGCCCAGCAGCGGCCGGGACUCAACCGAGGACGACAGCAUGUCCCUUUCGCCGAACCUGCCAUCCCCUGCCAUGAUCAUCCCCCAUCCGGCCGCGCAGCAGGCCCACAGAACCACCAACUUUUUCAUCGACAACAUCCUCCGACCGGACUUCGGCUGCAGGAAGGAGCCCAGCUACCGCGAGCGGAGCCAGACGCCGGGCAGGGAGAACGUGAACCCGCUGGGAGCGAGGCCGCCGCACGCCGGCAGCCUCUGCCUGGACUCCAACUGCAGCAGCGACAGCGCCUCCUCCUCGCCCUCCUCCUCCUCUUCCACGUCUUCGUCGCCCGCGUCCAAGCAGAGCUCGUCCAAGCCGGGGGAGGCUACCGGCAACGGGGGCGGCAGAUACGCGGACAGUCCGUCGUCGAUAAUGGUCAUGAGCGGCAGCAAUGGAGGCUCUCCGCCUGGAACCAAGGAGAGCCAGCCGCUGCUGUGGCCCGCCUGGGUUUACUGUACGCGCUACUCGGACCGGCCCUCAUCUGUUUCCACGCCAGGCCCAAGGACACGGAAACUGAAGAAGAAGAAGAACAGCAAGGAGGACAAGCGGCCCCGGACGGCGUUUACGGCUGAGCAGCUGCAGAGACUCAAAACCGAGUUCCAGGCCAACCGGUACAUAACAGAGCAGAGGAGACAGUCCCUCGCCCAGGAACUGAACCUGAACGAGUCCCAGAUUAAAAUCUGGUUCCAGAACAAGAGGGCCAAGAUUAAAAAGGCCAGCGGCUACAAGAACGGUCUGGCGCUGCAGCUCAUGGCGCAGGGACUGUACAACCACUCAACGACCACCGUGCAGGAGGAGAAGGAGGAGAGCGAGUGAGGGCCCCCCCACCCCACCCCUCCUCGGGACAUUUCCCCACGCAGGGCUGCUGCUGGGCUGGCUGACUCUGGACUCAUGGAGAUACAUAAAAAACAGAACUGGAAGUGGGGGGAUCGCUAUUUAAAAACACAGAUUUCUGUUUAUGGUAACAGUAUAUGGACAUAAUUAUAUAAAAAAAAAUGAACGACCGUUAUUAAAAUUUAUAUAGCCACACAGUUAUCAUGUUGUAUACAUCACUGCAUAUUAGAUUCCAGGCUCAGAUUCAAUCCAACAUUUUUUUUUUUUUUUUUUUUAGGGAUGUCUGAUUUUAUAGGUUGUCUCGCUCUCCUCGUUCUUCAUGUUUGCGCCAUAUUUCCCUUCAGCUAACCAGUCCACCGGACUCAGCCAAGCCAAAGAUUUUUACUAUGUUCACAUGUAGUCUGAAAUAAAACAGAAAGAAAAGAGCAAGACAGAACGGCCUAAUUUACACUUUUUAUUAUCAUAUAAAUCCAUUUGAAUUAUUCCUGUUAUUAUAGAAACAUAAAUUGCAUUUUUCUUCUUCCUUUUUUCCCCCCCUCCCAACUACAAGCUAAAACUUUACCCACUAUUUAGUGUCAGCUGUUUCUUAAAAUAUGAUUCAGGUUAGUUUUUUUUUUUUUUUAGAUAGAUUCUCGUGAGAAACAACAGUUUAACCAAAAGCUUUAACACACAUGCAUGCAGUUCAGGUACAGUUCCUGUUUCCAACCCCCCGCCUCCCCCCAUCCCACGCCUGGAUACCGUUUCCCCCAUUAAACUAUUUUAGUCAUUUACAAGUUUUCCCAAUGCUGACGCUGCUCCAACCAGCUCAUCGCUGAGCUUUAACCUACUCACCACAGAGGCCUUGUCCUUGUUGUCAUUUAGCUGUUUUUGUUUUUUUUUGCUGCAUGUUUGAGCCUGUCUGACCCCCUCAGGUUGAGGUUUACACAGUUUGGCUGUGAGCUGGCUGAAACAGAGAGUGUGUGAGUGUGUCUGUGCUUCUGGGUGCUCUACUCUAGAGGUCAUUGGUAGCAGAGAAAUCGAAUCUGGGAAAAAAAACUAAAUGAUGGGAUGAAAAAUAGAAAAAAAUGUCUUCAACUAGCUGGUUUGGUAAGUUUAAAUUUGGACAAAUAUGAUUUUUGCUUAACAAACAUGCUUCAGACUCACAUUUUCAACAUUAGCUAUAUAUAUAUUUGCAUAAAUGAGAC